AUGCAUUCACUACCUAGCUUUACAGAAGCUAUAGAUCAACUUAUCGUGGAACUCGCCCUGCUAAAGCCUCUCAUUCCCACAUAUAUCCACAUCAUCCUGUCUACCCUCUUUGCCCUUUAUAUUGGCUGCCAUGCAUCUCUCUCAAGGCCCUCAUCCGCCAGAAAGGGGGCAAAAGAACACAAGGAAGAGGAUGAAUCUGAUGAAACUUUUGUCCAAAAGAUGGGAGGUCUAGAGCCAUCAGAUGCUAUAAUGUUUCCCAUACUCUCCGGAGUCACUCUCAGCGGUCUCUAUCUUCUAAUAAAGAAGUUUGACCCCAAAUACUUGAGCAAGAUUUUGAACUGGUAUUUCGCCCACGCCGGUUUUAUAUUUGGCAUAGUUUUCAUCCGGGACGCUAUUACAAUAUUCAGGUCCUUCAUUUUCCCUACCCGUUAUUGGCACCGAGGUACUCUAUGGAAGGCCAACCAGGAAAAGCAAGUAUUCGAAGCGAUAUCUUCAGGGUCGCCAUCAUCCGACACUCGUCUAUCGCCAUUACCGGGUAUUUUUGGGGCAGCAUAUCUUCCAGAACCCGCACGGAGUCAUUUGUGGCGUUUACGAGGAGCCUCCUAUCAAAAAAUGAACUUCCAAGCUUAUAUCAGGUCUGUCGUGGAUCUUAAAUUCCGGUUCAACCUCAUCGAUGUACUGAGUAUAAUUCUGUCCGGCGUUGUCGUUCUUUUCUCUAUAUUUGGCUCGCGUCCAUGGUGGCUUACAAACUUCCUUGGAUUCUGCUUUUCCUACGGUGCACUCCAAUUCAUGUCGCCUACAACGUUCUGGACAGGAACCCUUAUCCUAAGCUCUUUGUUUUUCUACGACAUCUACUUUGUCUUUUACACGCCCAUGAUGGUAACUGUUGCCAAAAAUCUCGAUAUUCCAAUAAAGCUAUUGUUUCCACGUCCUCCUCUCCCAGGGAAGACUGUUCCAUCAGAAGCCAUGCUUGGACUAGGUGAUAUUGUGGUACCAGGGAUGAUAAUCGGACUUGCCUUACGAUUUGAUCUUUACCUGCACUACCUAAAAAAGCAAAGUCGGCAAAUACAAUCAGAUUCAAGUGAUGACUGCCGGGUUGAAUACAGAAAUGUUGCUGGCGGGUGGGGCGAAAGGAUCUGGGGAUGUGGAUUGAAACUGACAGAUAUCCCCAAGGAGGAAGAGGAAUAUUUUCAGGCAAAGGUAUUUCCAAAGACAUACUUUAAUGCUGGGUUGGUCGGGUAUGUCAUUGGCAUAGCCGCAACAUUGUUGUCGAUGCAGUUAUCAAGGCACCCGCAACCUGCACUAUUGUUCCUUGUUCCAGGGGUUCUGAUAUCGCUCUGGGGCACUGCAUUCAUGAAAGGCGACCUCAAUACUAUGUGGAGUUUCUCUGACGAGGUUGAAGACGAGGAUAGCGACGAAAUUGAAGAAGAUGACAAAUCCGAAACUGGCGACUCUCUCUUAAAGGGGCUCCUAAAUAAAAUGGUAGGACCCGAGUGGACAAACCGGGUAAUGGGCCCCAACGCCAAAAAUGCAUCCAAUAAUAACAAACCCAAGUGUGAGGAUUCUGACCUAGUGCGUCUAAAUGGUGAUGAAAAUAAAGUCAAGGGGAGCAGCAGCAAAGACGAAAAGCCUACCAAAGAGAAGAAGCCUCAUCCGCGGUCGGAACUUAUAUCGAUUUCAAUUUCAUUGCCUAUAGAGCCAGAAAUGAAUGGUCGGGUGGGAGAAGAGGACAAAAUCGUUUCAGAGACCCAAUCCUCCACUAGCCCCUCUCCAGUUAUUGUUGCUAAGGAAGAAGGACCUCCGUUGAAGAAAAGACGAGGAAAUGGAAGUGUUAAUUGA